CUGAGCCCCUGACGUAACCAGUGUUUGAGCCUGCUGUGGACAUUUUGUUGGAGCCAAAACUUCUGGCCAGUUGGGCCCGGAGCCAAUUGCGACAGCUUCUCCUUUCUAGAGCUUGUUGGCCUCUUUUAUAUGCGCUCUCUGCUUCUGCACCAACAACAACAACAUACAGGAGCCGCAGAAUGACCUUGUAACGAUACCGGAAGCACUUACGAUCCCUUCGAAACCCAUCCCGCAUAAUGCCGAUUCCGUUCCUCGCCAGCGUUGUCAUGGACGGGUGGCCAUCAUGGCUGCCCGGGCCGUGGGCUCUCACCAAGGCCGGCACCGCUCUCGGAGCCAUCGCUAUCACAAAGAUCUAUGCCAGUGGCGCGACAUGUACGGCCGAAAGGAAUAUGCACGGUCGCGUUGUCAUGAUCACCGGCGGCACAUCAGGAAUCGGCGCCGCCACGGUAUACGAACUUGCCAAGCGAGGCGCCCAAAUCAUCCUCCUCACACACCACGAGCAUAACGACGCCUUUCUCGUCGACUUCAUCGACGACAUGCGCGAUCGCACCAACAACCAGCUUAUCUACGCCGAACAAGUCGAUCUACGCUCCCUGCACAGCGUCCGAAAAUUUGCGACAAAAUGGGUUGACAACGCCCCUCCCCGCCGCCUCGACACCAUCAUUCUCUGCGGAUCGACCCUCACGCCGCCCGGGAAGGCGAGGACGGAGACACCGGAUGAUGUGGAGAGUACCUGGCAGGUUAACUUCCUCUCCAACUUCCAUCUCUUGGGCAUCCUCAGUCCCGCGAUCCGCGCCCAACCGUUCGACCGCGACGUGCGCAUCAUCAUCCCGACAUGCUCCGCCUACAUCCGUUCGCCGUCGUUGGAUAAAGCGCUGGAUAAGAAAGACUGGUCCCCGGGCAAGGCAUACGCGCGGAGUAAGCUGGCCAUGAUGGUGUUUGGCAAGGCAUACCAGAAGCAUCUGGACGCGUACGAGAGGCCCGAUAAGCUUCCGAUGAAUGCGCGCGUCUUUCUGGUAGACCCCGGAUACACGAGGACGCCUGGAAUGCGCCGGUGGCUUACUAGAGGCACUGUUUGGGGUCUCAUCGUAUACCUCUUCCUUUACAUGUUCUCCUGGCUUUUCCUCAAGAGCGCAUGGAUGGGCGCGCAGUCCAUCUUGUGGGCCGUUAUGGAAGGCAGUCUCGUUCGCGACAAGGGUGGAAAGGUGGUUAAGGAGUGCAUGGUGGUAGACUGCGCACGCAAGGAUGUGGACGACGAAGCUAUUGCGAAGAAGCUGUGGGAAUCCAGUGAUAAAUUGAUUGAGGAGAAGGAGAAGGACGCGGCUGCAAAAAGGGCAAGGGCGAAGAAAAGAGAAAUGGAGAUGGAGGAGGAGAAAAAGGCACGAGAGCGUGUUGAGGAGAUUGAAUCUUUGGUUAACACGAUCAAGAAAGGGAAGCAGAAAGAGAAAGAAAAGCCCAAGAGUGGGAAGAAGGCGAAGAAUGGAGAAAAGACUGCCUAGAGCGAGGCCAAGUAGACGGGCAAAAGCAUAUAGAUUUCACGUUCUUAUAGACAAAAUGACCAUAAUGUAUACACAGCAAAGAUAUGGGCCAGAUGUCUUGGAUGCUAUCCCUAAGUUCGGGGACGGGCCGAUCCAUGGGCGGAGCCCUCGGUCGCUCGGCACCAUGUUGAGCGGGGAUACCUUAGCACGCCGGGCCGGUAAUUAUAGUGGGGCCACUUCGGCACUUCACGUGAAGAUGAUCAUCAAUGACGAACUUCAUCCUGGGCG